UACCAACACAGAGACAACCCAACUGUAGUAUCCACAAAAUAAUAUCUUUUCAGAUGACGACUUUGACUUUGGUAUAUACUCUCAUUAUGGCUACUAAUGCACAAUACAUAGAUAUCCAGGAUCUAACGAACAAUAAUGGAUGUAUCCCAAUAAAAGUGGACGAAAUCAGGCCUAUAGAAAAUUACUCCAAGAUAAUACACAAUGUACAAAGAAACCCUCGAUAUAAUUUCAGACAAUGUAGCAACAUUAAAACAAACCACUAGGGACACAACGACACUAUUAGACACAGUUGAAAAGAAUUUUGCAAUACUCAAAGCAAAAAUAGAUAACUUAUACCCACAAUUCAGACAAAAACGAGGAUUAAUUGAUAUAUUAGGCAAAGGACUAAAAAUCGUAGCAGGGACAAUGGACAGUGAGGACGCAGAACACAUUAAUAAUUCUUUAAAAUUACUCUAUGAAAACAACGGACUGUUGACAAAUACAGUACAUAACCUUACCCAGGUCAACACUAUCUUAACAAUACAGAUAAAUAACAUAACUAAACAUAUUAACACACAACAAAAACAAGUAGAAAGAUAUUUAAAUCAGUUCAAAAACACUUUCCAGAAUAAAAUAGCGACAUUAGAAGACGAAAUUACAUUCAUGCAACAUAUUUAUCAGAUUAAUAAUAAUAUAAUGCUCUUACGUAACCACAUUGACGACAUAGGACAGGUUACCUUCUCCAGUAAAUUAGGAAUCAUUCCAACAGAUAUUUUAACCCCAAAAGAAAUGGAUCUAAUAACAGAGUUUAACAGUUACAUAAACAUAAAAACCUCUGUAGCAUUGCAUGAUGAAACUAUAAUAUUAAUAUUCAGGAUACCCUCGUAUUCCAAAAACACUCUUAGCAAAAUCACCUUCGAAACAAUCCCAGAUAUUAAGAACAUGACAUUAGCAUUAAACUCACACACAAUACUCACCGAUCACAACGGGAAAAUGUAUGAACCAUUUCUUCAAGACAAUUUAAAGAAGAACCUAAUUGAAAUUAAAAGUGAUUGUAUGCAAAAUAUUUUAGAAUAUAAAGAUGCAAAUUGCCCUAUGAAAAACUCAGAAACAGAAGAUAUAGUAGAAAUAUUUUCUGGAUUACUCAUAUUAAAAAAUUAUUAUCAAAAUUUUAAACACAACUGCAAUAAA